GAACUGUGACCGCCGUCGCGUUUCCCUCCUUGUCUUCCCGCCCGAAUUCCUCCCAAUCCAGCUCCAAUGUCGAUUCCGCAGCGCGAAUCAUGGGACUGUAUGAUCCCAGGCCCACCUUCACGCAGCAAUGGCGGAUCCGCGGACCUCUCCACCACCGGACUCCUGGCUUUCGCAUCCGGAAGCUCCGUCGUCGUCGUCGAAACUCACUCCAUGCAGCUCGUCACUGCCAUCCCGCUUCCGCCGCCUCCGUCUCCAUCCUCCGCCGCUCUCUCCCCCUUCAUCACUUCCGUCAGGUGGUCCCCUCACCCGCUGCCUCACAUUCUUCUGUCCUCCGACGCGCCCAAUCAGCAUCUCGUUCUUUCCGUCGGAGAUCGGCAGGGCCGUAUUUGCCUCCUUGAUUUGCGAUCGAGAGCUCCGCUCAUGUUCUUAGACACUUCUAGCAACUCUACUCAGAAACUGGGAAUUCAGGAUCUCUGCUGGAUCCAAACCGGGCUUGAUUCUUGGGCCAUUGCUGCUCUUUCCGGACCUUCACUUUUGAGCAUAUACAGCACAUCAUCUGGUCGUUGCUUCUUCAAAUACGAUGCUUCUCCGGAGCAAUUCUCAUGCCUUUGCCCUGAUCCGUUCGAUUCCAGGCGUUUCUGUGCUGUCGGGCUGAAAGGCUUCUUGCUCUCAAUCAAAGCAUUUGGGGAUUCUGAAAAUGAUGUUGCUAAUAAAGAACUGCAAAUCCAUACGGAUGCCUCGGAAUUGCAGAAGCUGGAGAGGGAUUCAACUGCUGCUGUUAAUGGGUCUCCGGCAUUGGCUACAUUUCCUAAUUAUAUAGUGAGCUCUGCUUUUUCGCCACACUCCAAGCAUAUACUUUUUGUUGCUUUUCCGAGAGAGCUGGUAGUGUUUGAUUUGCAGUACGAGGCUACAUUAUACUCUGCAGGGUUGCCCAGAGGUUGCGGGAAGUUCCUACAAGUAUUGCCAGAUUCAAAUAUGGAGGUUUUGUAUUGUGCUCAUCUUGAUGGGAUGAUCAGUAUUUGGCAAAGGAAAAAAGGAGAGCAGGUAUAUACAAUCAGUGCUAUGGAAGAAUUGAUGCCUUCACUUGGGUCAUAUGUACCUCCUCCCUCAGUUCUUGGUGUUGUUAUUUGCCACUCAGAUGCUAUACUACAAAAUAUCAGCAAACUCUGUUCAGAUGGACGUGAAUCUUCUGAACUGGACUUUGAUAAUCCAUUUGAUUUUUGUGAUGAAUCCCUCAUCAUUUCUAAAACACCAUUAAUUUCCAUUUCUGAUGACGGAAAAGUAUGGAAAUGGCUCCUGACUGCUGAAGGAUCCGGUAGUACUCAAAAGGCUAAACCAAAACCUGGCACUGCAGUGGAAGUUCAUAAAUCUCAAAUCCCGGAAGAAAAUCCUCAGAAAAAUAUUUUUCCUAGUGAUAUGUUAAUGAAAUCAAAUGCUGCAAUUAGCAAUAGUGGAUGUGUGUCAAAUGCUUCUAAAAACGACAAAGAGUUGUUCAAGAUUAGCCUAGUUGGACAGCUUCAUCUUCUUUCUUCACCACUGAGUAUGCUAGCUGUACCAUCACCUUCUUUGACCGGCACUUUGGCACGUGGAGGGAACUUUCCAGCUGUUGCAGUUCCUCUAGUUGCUUUGGGAACACAAAAUGGUUCAAUUGAGGUCAUUGAUGUCUAUGCCAAUGCAGUUGCUGCUAGUUUCUCUGUUCAUAAUAGCGUUAUUAGGGGAUUGCGGUGGCUUGGAAAUUCUAGAUUGGUGUCAUUUUCUUAUACACAGCGAGCAGAAAAAUCUAGUGGCUACGUUAAUAGGCUUGUUGUGACUUGUCUAAGAAGUGGACUGAAUCGAUCAUUUCGAGUUCUACAGAAGCCAGAACGAGCACCUAUAAGAGCUCUAAGAGUCUCGUCUUCUGGAAGGUACCUUCUAAUAUUGUUUCGUGAUGCACCCGUAGAAGUUUGGGCAAUGACAAAGACUCCUGUUAUGCUUAGAUCACUAGCUCUGCCAUUCACUGUAGUGGAAUGGAGUCUUCCAACAGUCCCACGUCCGUCAUCUAAAGAUCGUACAACAGCAUCUGUGGAGACAUCUUCGCCAAAGGGAUCUCCUUUGGACUCUAAAUCUGGCACUGAUGAACCACAAGAUGAAUUUUCAGAAUGUUUUUCAUUUGCAUUGGCAAAUGGAGCACUUGGAGUUUUUGAGGUUCAGGGGAGAAGGAUCCGAGACUUCAGACCAAAGUGGCCGUCUUCUUCAUUUGCUGCAUCUGAUGGAUUGGUAACAGCCAUGGCAUAUCGACUGCCUCAUGUGGUUUUGGGGGAUAGGUCAGGGAAUAUACGUUGGUGGGAUGUAAACACUGGCCAAUCUUCCUCAUUUAAUACACACAGGGAAGGAGUACGGAGAAUUAAGUUCUCACCAGUUGUUCCCGGAGAUCGUAGCCGUGGACGCAUUGCAGUUCUCUUUUAUGAUAACACAUUUUCUGUAUAUGAUUUGGAUUCACCAGAUCCAUUGGCCAAUUCACUUCUCCAACCUCAGCUCCCUGGAACUCUUGUUUUGGAACUUGAUUGGUUGCCUUUAAGAACUGAUAAGAAUGAUCCACUUAUUUUGUGCAUUGCUGGAGCUGAUAGCAGCUUUCGUCUUCUCGAAGUUAAUAUAAAUGAUAAUAAAAGAACAAAUGCCCCUGCAGCUCGACUCAUCAAUGAGAGAUACCGGCCUGUGCCUUUGUUUUCUCCUAUACUAUUACCCACUGCACAUGCUAUGGCAAUGCGGACGAUCUUGCAGUUGGGUUUGAAGCCAUCAUGGUUCAAUACAUUUGGUCCAACCAUGGUUAAAGGGCAUUAUGAUUUUAACGAAACUCCCUCGUCCACCAGUGAUCUUUGCAGUUACAUGUUGCACUCCUCGUGCAUUGGUGACUCUGUUGUUCCCGAGAUGCUUCUUAAAGUGUUGGAGCCUUAUCGGAGAGAAGGCUGCAUACUCGAUAAUGAGAUGGUGAGGCUAUAUUGUAGUAUAGUCAACAAAGGUUGUGUAGUAAGACUUGCAUUUGCCGCUGCUUUAUUUGGAGAACCAAUGGAAGCACUUUUCUGGCUGCAAUUACCUGAUGCCAUUAACCACUGGAUGAAGAAGUUGGUUAACAAGUCUCCAAUAAAAGUUUCUCAGUCAGCUACCCAAGAACUUGAUGAGGCAACUAUGCUUAAUCGGAUAUCAUCAAAAGGAAAAACAGCAUCUGAAUCACAAGAACGAAAUGAGGGUAAAAAUAAAUUGAGGUUGAUGGCUUUUGAAGAAGAAGGGUUACUGAAGUGUGCUAAGGAGCGUAUCCUUUGGCAUGAGAAACUUGAGGGUGAAGAGGCUAUUCAAAACCGUGUUCAUGAACUUGUGUCUGUUGGAAACUUAGAAGCUGCUGUUAGUUUACUGCUGUCUACUCCUCCAGAUAGCUCAUAUUUUUAUGCAAAUGCAUUGCGUGCCGUUGCUCUUUCAUCUGCGGUGUCACAGUCUCUACUUGAACUUGCUGUGAAGGUUGUUGCUGCAAAUAUGGUUAGAACAGACAAUUCAUUAUCUGGUACACACCUGCUCUGUGCAGUUGGGAGAUAUCAAGAAGCUUGUUCUCAGCUACAAGAUGCUGCAUGUUGGACAGAUGCUGCAACAUUAGCUGCCUCUCAUUUACAAGGAUCUGAUUAUGCCAGGGUUUUGCAACGGUGGGCUGAUCAUGUGCUGUCUUCUGAACAUGACAUUUGGAGGGCACUUGUCUUGUACGUGGCAGCCGGUGCAUUCCAAGAGGCAUUGGCUGCACUUCGUGAGGCCCAACAACCGGACACAGCAGCCAUGUUCAUCCUGGCUUGCCGUGAAACUCAUGCCGAACUACUCUCCGGUUUUGACAUUGACGACAAAGCCAUAGCAUCUGUCAAGGAUAAGUUGGUUAGUUUGCCCGGACUGAGCCCUGAAAGCGAUGAUGCUAUGGCAGUGGUUGAAUAUUAUGGGCAAUACCAAAGAAAACUAGUCCAUCUUUGCAUGGACUCUCCACCUUUCUUCGACUAAGCAGACCUUUGUUGUGUGUUUUUCUCUCUCUGAGAGUGAGAGAGAGAGAGAGAGAGAGUUAUUUAGAGGGGCUUUGGGGGUGUAGUGGCUUUUUGGAAAAGCCUGAGUGAAAAGUCUUGAACUGAAAAACAAACACGGGUGUUUGCGGUUUUGCUUGAAAGUUGCUUUGAAGUUUCUGCUUCGGUAAAAUACUUUUGAACUUGUUUGACCACUCGCUUCCACUUAUAGAUUAUGACUUUAGAAAUCCAAAUUAGGUUCCUGAAGUGCUUUUAAGCAAAACUAAGACUGUUUUUCCGUUUCUACUUAUAAAUAUACUAUCUUAGUUUUAGUUUUGCCGAAAAUAACUUCUCGAGCUUAAUUUUCAGUUCUAUAGUCACAAUUCAUAAGCUAAAGUAGAUUGUCAAAGGUACACUUUAAACUAUAUUUUGAUGAAUCAGAAGCUCAAAAGUUGUUUUCAAGCACAAUCUCAAAUACUCUCUUAGGGUCCGUGUGGUACACGGAAUUAGAAUUGAAUUGGAAGUAAAUAUUCUAUAAAUUUAUUUUGAUGGGAUUGAAUUCUCCAAUUCCAAUUCAUUCUUGGCACUACCAAUUCCAAAUCCACAUAUUUUUAUCUCACCAAACAACAAAAAUGGAAUUGUUGUCUCUUAUUCCAAUUUCAUAGUUUGCAUUCCGUGUGCCAAACGGAGCCGUAGCGUGUUGGCAUCCUCCUUUUGGAUGCUGCUGCUAAAAUGGGCUCAUUUUCUCUGUUAAAUCAUUAGAAUUUUCUCUUAUAAAGGUAUCCUCUUGGA